AUGCAUCUCACCAGUCUUCUUGCUGCAUCCGCCUCGCUCAUCGCCCUGAGCUAUGCCGCCGACCCGCUUGCUUUCACUGCUUGGCCCAAAGAUCUGCAGGCCGGCAAGCCGGUGACUCUGACCUGGGCUGGCGCUGUUCCUGAUCAGCCGGUGACUCUGACUCUGCGCAAAGGCAACGCUGGCAACCUGGAUGACGUCGAGACCAUCACGGACCAGGCCAAGGAUGGCACUUUCACCUGGACUCCCGGCGACAAUGUGAAAGCUGGCGAGAGCUAUGCCUUCCAGGUGACUCAGGGCGGCCAGUCUAACUACUCCGGCCUGCUCAAGGCGGCGGGCAACCCAGCGGCGGCAUCAGAUUCGACCAAGACUGGUACGGCAGCGACUGCAGCCACCGCUGGCACGACUGCUACCAACUCCCAGACCAACUCCCAGUCCCAGACUCAGUCGACUGGCACGACCAGCAAACCUCUAAUCAGUUCCUCCGCCGGAAUCACUCCCUCCAGCACCCCGGCCUCGACCACCGUGACCCACUCCGUAACUGCCGAGGUGCCCUUCGCCACAGAGAGUGACCUGGCGGACAAGAAGGCCUCUUCAAGUGGCGGGAACCAGGACGGCGCUGCCUCUCUCUGCUCUUACUCGCGGGGGCUACUCUUGGGGGCUGUCGGUCUGUUGGUAUAUCUGAUCCAGUAA